GCACUUCUAGUGAGACAGCCCGUUCUCCAGAAUCCAAGCUGUACUAUAUAAAAGCUGUUAUCACUUAGCAAACCCUGCAGCCAGAAGUUCUAAGCUCUCAUAGUAUUGCUUUCACUGAAUAUAUGACUGGAUAUAACUUCCCCUUUACAAGGCUACACACGGCAUAAUAUUGCUGUCUAUUUUAACUAUUUCAAGCAUUAUCACAACCCAGAUUCCAGGAAACCAUUUGUUUUAAAGCAAUCAUUGUAAAAGUCUGUAUACUGUUUCUCCAAACAUGCUAGAAAACCUUUCUAUCACCAUUGCAGUUCUGUUUUCCCUUCUUUGUGAAACAUGUGGUCUAGUAUUACCGAAUCCUACAGACUUAGCAUCAUCAGCCAGAAAUUACACCACAUCCAAGCCAGAUGUAAGUGCUCAGUUGGACUCUGCAAAUAUCACGAAGUCCAGAAGGAAGCGCUUUAUUUCUCAAAAUGACAUGAUUGCUAUCCUUGAGUACCACAACCAAGUCAGGAGUAAAGUCUUCCCACCUGCAUCAAACAUGGAGUACAUGGUCUGGGAUGACAAUUUGGCAAAGUCUGCUGAAGCCUGGGCCGCUGCCUGUAUUUGGGAUCAUGGUCCAUCCUACUUAUUAAGGUUCCUUGGUCAAAACCUCUCUGUCAGAACUGGAAGAUAUCAAUCAAUACUUCAGCUGGUGAAACCAUGGUAUGACGAAGUAAAAGACUAUGCUUUCCCGUACCCUCAAGACUGCAAUCCAAGAUGCCCACUGAGAUGCUACGGACCCAUGUGCACACAUUAUACACAGAUGGUUUGGGCCACAACUAACAGAAUAGGAUGUGCAAUUCACACAUGCCAUAACAUGAAUGUCUGGGGAGCAGUUUGGAGAAGAGCUGUAUAUUUAGUGUGCAAUUACGCACCAAAGGGAAACUGGAUCGGAGAGGCGCCAUAUAAAGUCGGUGUACCAUGCUCUGCAUGUCCACCAAGCUAUGGAGGCUCUUGUACAGACAACCAGUGUUUUCCAGGAGUAACAUCUAAUUAUUUAUAUUGGUUUAAAUGAAUGGAUCUGGACCAGUGAUAGCCAACCUUGGCAAUUAAGUUGUUUGUCUAAAAGAGUAUCAUAAGAAAUAUAUUUCAUGAAC